AUGAGUUCAGGUGGCGAAGGAGGUUUGUCUGGCACGCUUCUUCCCGCAUUUAGUGGUAGUAGUAGUGGUAUUGGUAGUGAUAUUGGUAAUAGUAACAAGAAUAAUAAUAAUACUGGUGGAAUGCAGAGCAGGGAUAGUGACAGCUCUGCAAUUAAUGUAAAUGAGGAAGGUGUAAUAGUUGGGGAUAAUGAACAACCAGGUCGCGUCAAUGUUCGUGCCUGCACAUUGAUUAAGGGUGCUGCAGCGCACGAUCCAAGAAUUAUAGAACCAACUCAAAUGGAGACAAGCGAAGGCGGUAAAUUGAAAAGGAAUUCAUUUGCAUGCAUAAGCUGUCACUCACUAAAGCAAAAAUGUGUUCCGUCUGAUUUUAAUGAUAUUUACAGAAAACCUUGCAUACGUUGUUUAAAAAAUGGUAAAUUGUGCAGAUUCGAUUUGUCAAAGAGAACUAGAAAGAGAAAGCGCCGUGGUUCUCCUCUUUCUUCACCUUCAAGUACUUCACCAAAAUUAGAUCUUCGUAAUGGACAUGAUGUUGGCGGUGGGUUCAGAAAGGAAUAUCCAAUAUCUGUUAGUAAUAAUAACAAUUCCAUACACCGUCGUCCCUACUCUCAUGAUAUUUUACAAAAUGAUCAACAUCCAAUCUCUGAAACGUGGUCCAGUCAGUCCCAUACACCGACACCAAUAGACACACCAACCGGUUUUAAUGCCCCAUCCACAUCAGCUACUGCGGCCGCUGCAUCAAUGGCUGCUGCCUCAGCUGCAAGUGCGUACCCAGGUGGAUAUCAAGGUGGGUUUUCAAGUGGAAUUCCAAGCGGAUAUCCCGCUGGUUAUACAAGCGGAUAUCCCAGUGGGUUUGCCGGCGGAGUCCCCAUUAUGUUAAAUGCAAAUGGAGCUCCGGCGGUAUCGAUGCCUAGUGUCCUACUUGGUAAUCAUCAGUUGGGGGAAAUGCCAGGAAAUAUGGCUUCAACAAUUUCAAUGCAGGACCCUACUUCAGUAAACAACACUGACGGUGACAACGGUGGUGCUCGCGACUUAAAUUCUAGUACCGGCGGCUCUUCUACUGUCGGUAAUGUAGUGACAGCAAACAGUGGUAAUAUCACCAACAAUAACGAUAAAAACUCUACUGAUGGAAGUGGUAGUGGAUUACUUCCAAAUCGAAGGGGUAUAGAUGAGAAAAGUGGGGUUGCGAAAGAAGAACCAGCAUCGUCUCUUAAAAGAAGGAAUUCUCUCUUUAAGGGCCAAUUACACGACCUGUUAACCAAUCAAAAGGACAAAAUAGGCCAGAUAUCUUCAUCGCUAAACUCUUUGAGUAAACAAUGGGAUACCUUAAUACAGAGUACUAUGUCGAUCACUUCGUCUUCAGAUCCUGUAUCACUAGGUGUAAUCCUCCCGGAUGAGGCUGAAGUUCGUCUUCAAAUUUUCUUGCAUGAUGUGGUACCCAAAGUUAACUUACCCUUUAUCAGCCUUUCAGCAGAUAUAAAUGCAGAUCAAUUGAGACGUAAUAAGCCUAUACUUUUCUCUACCAUAAUGUCAUGUGUGUCUGGUAUGAUGACGCAAGAGAAUUCAAAUAAGGAGACCAAUAUGAAAUUGGAUUCUUUCCUAUUGGACCUAAUAACAGAUCAAAUCUUCAAGGCGAAUAACAAAUCCAUUGAAUUAAUCGAAUCUUUACUAACGCUAUGCUUUUGGUACAAUUUUCCAGAAUGGGCCCAUAAGGCGAGGUAUCAUAUUUUUAAUUACGUAUGCGUCUGUUUGGCUAAAGAAAUGGGCCCUACAUUUAUGCACCGUGCCUUCGGUAUGUUCCUUGAAGAAGAUCCUAGUUCCACACAACAUCCAAUAACGGCACCAUUAGAUCAAUACGAAGAUGGUGCGCGCUUGAUCCUAUUGGUUUAUAUCUCUUCAUUGAAUAUUUCCAUUUUCCUAAGACAAUCUAUCAAGGCGCGUUGGUCGCCCACCAUAGAACAAGCAUGCUCAAAUAUUUGUAAAAGGAUGUUAGGUGAAAACAAUGCUUUUAAUGAUGAUGAUAAAACUUUGGUGGUUUUUGCCCGGUUAAACCAUAUAUUGGAGAGAAUUCAUAUCAAUCUUCAUGAACACAGUGCAGUGGAUCUACCUUAUAGUAAGGAGUGCGAACCUACUCAGACACAUCUUGAUCAUCUGAUAUCAAAAUUCAAGUACGACCUAAGUGAGCUAUUCAAAGAAAUUCCUGAAGAUCGUCACAGAGUGAUAGCUUAUUUCUAUUCAGUGGAAGCAUACCUAUACCAAUACAUCAUUGACAGUUAUAUUGAAAAGAUGCCAACUAAAUUUGGUAUAGGGCCAUUGCCUGCAAAUAUUAGUGAUGCGUUCUUAAGAUGCUAUGAUUUUUGUGCUCGAACGUUAGGAGAAUUCGUUAAACUAACACCCAAGCUCGUAGCUUCGUUACCAUUGUUCCAUUCAUCCCGAAUAAUAUACACCGUGGGUAUGCUUCUUUUAAAAUUAAGAUAUUCAGCUAUGGCGCUACCUGCAUUCCAACAGUUUCAACACUCUACUGAAGAUGCUGUUUUUCUUGUGACGGAAGUUUCCAAAUUGUUAGAAGAGAGCUCAAAUAUUUUCAUCUUUAAUAAUUUCCUCUACAAAUUGCGGUAUGUGGUGGCUCUUUUCGUACAAACCUACGGUAAUAAGGUGAAGGCAUUGGUUAAUUCUAGCGAUAUUAGACGAUCAUCUACCACUAACGAGAUCAAAUCUGAUGAAACUUCACGUACUUUCACGACAGGUUCAACAGAGGUACCAACAAAAGCAACAACAAAUACAAAAACUACGACAGGGAUCAUGGAGCCGCCCAGUAAUCUACCUGAUCCAAAUAAUGUUAUAUUAAACACCGCAUAUCCGGCUAUUACUAACACAGACAUGAUUUCGCCGUCCCAGACCUCUAACAAUCAAGAGUUUGAUAACCGUAUGGGGCUUCCAACAACGUCUUCCCACGAUAAGGUUAGCUCAAAUUCUCCUGAUAUACAACCACCAUCUGCUACUUCAAGUGGAAACAUUAAUGACUAUUUAACGGAUGUCGAUUCAAUAAUAUUGGGGUUCAAUGCAUUGAACGACGAAUUUUGGACAGAUAUUUUCUCAAACGACCUUUAA